UCACUUCAAGACCCAAAUCUGGAAGGGGAAAGAGACCCAAAUCUCAACCAGAGGAAACCACCUCUGAAUCUCCCCCCUUUCUUUCAACCCCCCCUCUCUCAAACUCAUCACCAUUACCAAACCCCAUGGCUCUCUCCUUUCCCUAACAAUGCUCAAACUUCUGGCCAAACAUCACUGGGGAACCAGCCAGAAAACUCAUCCGAAAACCAGAGGCAAAGGCUGAGCUUUCAGUCGAGAGGAGGCGGAGGUGAGAUAAUAGAGGUCGAAGGCGGUCAUAUACUGAGAGCCACAGGUCGGAAAGAUCGGCACAGCAAGGUCUGUACAGCAAAAGGGCCAAGAGAUAGGCGUGUCCGCCUCGCUGCUCAUACAGCUAUUCAGUUCUAUGAUGUUCAAGAUCGGCUUGGUUACGAUAGGCCGAGUAAAGCAGUGGAUUGGCUCAUUAACAAGGCAAAACCAGCCAUUGAUGAGCUCAAAAAGAGGACCCAUGGCCAAAGCUCGAGCCAUGGAAAUGCCCCAUGUCCUUUUGGGGAGGUUGAUUUGGGUGGUGCACCUCAUAAGAGGUCUGCUUCAUUGUUGAAUGAUCAGACUCAGCUGCCAUUUUCGAGCUCUGGUGCUGAAGUGCCGCAGUUGGAUUUUUUGCCACCAAACCAGAGGCCAUUUUUGGAACAGGGAAUUCAGCAAGGUUGGGCUCAAAUGGAGGUGGGUUCGAGUUUUAUGAGUGGUUUUCAUGGAGUUUCGAGUUCGUUUCCAGAGGGAGGAACCCUUCAGUCCAGUAGUGCAGAGAGCUACCUCGGGUUGAUAUCGCCUGUUGGAUUUGUGCCGGGGGUGUAUCCAGGGUUUCGAAUUCCUGCGAGGUUUAGAGGUGAUGAGGAACAGGAUGAUGCCAAGCUAUCAGAUCCUCCAUCUACAUUUGCGCACCAUUAAGUGGUACAUACAAUCUCUCUCCCAAUAAGGAGUCUCCUUCUCCCUCUCCACCAUGACUCCUGCAACUCUCUCGCACUACGUGCAGUCUCCAACACAAUCUCUCUCUCUCCCACCAUAAGGAGUCUCCAUCUCUCUCUCCACCAUGACUCCUGCAACUCGCUCGCACUACCUGCAGUCUCCAACACAAUCUCUCCCUCACUGCCUCUCUAUCUCUCUCUCUCACAGUGUAUGCAGUCUCUAACACAGACUUCUCCCCUCUGUCUCCAUGAAUUCCCCCAACUCUAUUUACUGUUCUAUUGCUUCUCUCUCUCUCUCUCUCUCUCUCUCUCUCUCUCUCUCUCUCUCUCUCUC